GUCACCAGCACCCGGCACGCCGCAAGUUUGCUCUCUCCUCUCUGCAAUCAUGCACCACAGCCAUACCCCACUGGACAGCGUGCUCAACGAAACACAGAACGGAAACACCGGCUUUUGAACCGCGCCUGCCUGGGGGAUAUAACGUAAACGGAUAGACAAAUCAUCCUAACCGGGCAUGGGGCUCCCUGCGACAAGUGCAGCAGAACCACGGAGUUAAGAGACAAAGCUUUUUUCCCUUGUUGUGUGAAAAAGAUGCUGACAGACAUGAUUGUGGAGGAGGAAUUCGAAAUUAAAGAAGAGGAGCCUUGGUACGACCAGCAGGACCUGGAACAUGAUCUGCAUCUGGCGGCUGAGUUGGGAAAGACACUGCUGGAUCGUAACCGCGAGCUGGAGGAUGGGCUCAAGCAGAUGUACGGCACCAACCAGGAGCAGCUGCAGGAGAUCGAGUACCUGUCCAAACAGGUGGAGCUGCUGCGUUCGGUGAAUGACCAGCACGCCAAGGUGUACGAGCAGCUGGACAACAUGGCCCGAGACCUGGAGCAGAACAACCAUCGGCUGGUCAUGGACAACCGCGCCGCCCAGCACAAGAUACAAGGGCUCACGGACACGGUGGAGGGCUUGCAGGCGCAGGUGGACGACCUCCAGAAGCAGAUGGGCGACCUGAGUGUCUCCACGGCGCACAUGUCAGAGCGGCGGCGGUCUUCCAGCUCCAAGAGCCACACCUCAGGGAACAGCGGGUCCAGGCAUUCUUCCCACAGUGCCUCUGACGACGUUGAAGACGACGACUACUCUGACGACGAUGACGAUCACCUCUGUGGCACGAAAGAGGAAGUGGCGGAGUACGAAUCUCUGUCCAAGUCUCUCCAGACCCUACAAGCCCAGCUGGCUGCGGAGCGGGCACGGCGCGAGGGCACGGAGCGUGAGGCGGACGCCCUGGCACGAGAGUGCGGCGAGCUGGAGCUGCGGCUGUCGGCCAUGGAGGGCUGCCAGGCACGGCUGGCGGAGGCCGAGGCAGAGGUGGCAGAGCUGCGGGAGCUGUGGCGCAACGACGGGCACAGACGACACCACCACCACCGCGACUCGUUGUCCACCACCGACGACGUUGCCGCCGCCAACAAUCGGCUACUGCUGCUGCCGGACAUGUGUCUGCUGCCUGACCCUCUGCGGGGGCGGAGUGGAGGUGGUGGUGGGGGUUACGGAUACGGGUAUGGACACGGGCGCGGUGGGAGGCUGAAGCGCUGCAGCAGCGAGCGGCAGCUGAGGGUAACCCAGGACGCUGACGUGGAUGGAGACGCGGAGAGUGGGCUGGACGACGACAUGGGCGGCGGCGUGCGCAAGAGUUUGGAGGUGGAGGACUUAUUUGAGAUCAAUGGCGGUGUUGGAGUAGGAGGAGGAAGUGUCCUCGGAGGCACUGGCAGCUGCUGCAGGUUCGAGAGGGGGUGCCUGGGCCGUUCGGAGGUGGUGAAGCAGCGGGGCAUCUCCCUGCUGAACGAGGUGGACGCCCAGUACAGCGCCCUGCAGGUGAAGUACGACGCCCUGCUGCGGAGGUGCGAAGGCGGCGCCCAGGCGCAGAGCCACAAGGCCGUGCAGACACCCGCAGGUGCCAGUGCAUCCUCGUCCACCAGCACUACCAAAGUAUCCACCUCCACUACCACCACCAGCUCCACCACGGAGACUGAUGAAUGCCCUCCUCUGCACUCCAUCGCAGAGGGCAUGGAGGAGGACGCGCAGCUGCCCGAGUACAAGGUGCUCUUCCACGAGAUCUUCAAGUGCAUCCAGCGGUCCAAGGCAGACAUACUGCAGAACAGGACCAAGCCUCGACACGUCGAGUGAGUGAGGGAAUGAGUGAGUGAGCGGGGGAGUGAGCGAUGGAGUUGGAUAAGGCCAGGGGCGAUGACAGCUUUGGCCGGGGACCAGGACAACGUCAUCUGAAAGGGCCCCCUACCCAAUACAUACAAUGCCCCUUCCCCCUUCUCACUGGGCCCGGGACGACUGGCCCCUUGCUCCCCCUCCUGUUGGCUUCCCUGGAUGAGGCAGGCAGUGCUACAGUUUUGGCCGUGCCUAGGACAAAGUCAUGGAAAAGCCCUCCCACUCCAUACAUACAACGUAAUGAGAACCAAAUUCUGGGCCUGGGACAACUAAGCCCCUUGUCCCCCUCUGUCUGCUUACCUGUUUGAGGCAGGUGCCUGUGAAGAAACAAUUUAUUAUGGUGUUGCCUGGGGGAAGACUCGCAGGAAGAGAAAGAACUUUGUCUGAGGAAACAAGUCCUGAAGGAAUUGAGUUCAUCAGAUACAGUUGAAGCAAGCAAGCAAGGAGAACUAUUUGUUUUGUUAAACCAGCCAAAAAAACUUUGGGGGGGACCCAUGACGAUUGCUCCACUGCACUUUUAACACCAGUGCCUACAACUUGCGGACUGCAAAACUCAAGUUAUCCUGCCUUCUCUAAAGUGUUUGAAAACAAACAUGCAAACCUCAGCUACUGUAUGCUCCUUUUUUGUUUAGAAUUGCACUUUUUUAAAAAAAGACUAGGUACGUAGUUAGAACCCUGGUAGGUUAGAGUAGGUGUUGCGUGGAUCUCAAUUGAGUCACGUUUAGACUUGUUAGCACGUUUAGACUUGAAUUUGGUCUUUUCCACCGGUUUGUGGAAAGGCCAGUGGAAUUGCCUUCUUGGAAUGAAGGGCUUGUUUUGAGGACUCGUACUUCACCAUGUAAAAAAGAGAAGCUGGCUUAGGGAUGAGUCAUGCAUCUGCCAUCGAGAGGAUUUGAAUCUGUACAGAGCAAGCAUGGAGUUUGGUAGCUCUCAGCUUUAGAAUCGUUUUUUUCUUUCCUCCAUUAUGCUUAAAGAGAUUAUGAGGACGUUGCUGGUGUGGCAAACGUUCAGCUUGUUAGAUGGCAUUUGAAAUGGCUGUUCAAUUAUUGCAAUUCAAAAAGUAAUAUGCUAUGGUGCUCAUAGUUGGUAUCAAGAAGUACCUUGGAUCAGAACUGUACAUUUUGAGGAUAAUCAUUUUUUGAUUGUGGCACCCACACACCUUUGUUCUUAAAGUAUGUUUGACUUUAGAGGUACCGUGUGAAAGAUUAUAGCCAAAGCCAUAUGUUAAGUGGUUUAAAAAAGAGCUAACACCUGGAUCUUGACACAUUCAGGAGAUUUGUAGCUUAUCAAUGUAAAAAACGCUGUCUUAUUUCAUACAAAUAUCAAUAUUUAUGUCCAGUUCUACUGCAAAUUUAAAUGAUGUAGCAUUACACUGGUUUAUAUACUGCACUUUAGGCUAUUGCAGGGUUUCUGCUCCUUCUUUUGAACUCCUGUGUAUAAAUGUUGUCCCAUGUCAUUCAUUCUGUUCCUUUAUAAUGUGAAUUGUAUGUAUAAUCAUUGUUUUGCUUAAUGCACAGCUGUUGCUAUGCCCUGACAUAGGCAAAUGUCCACAGUGUCACAUUGUGUGACCCUGUUGUCUGUCUGAAUAUGUCUGAGUAAUACAGAAAAAAAAUCUUUCACUUGAUCCUGUUUGCAUUCCUUUGCUCUUACCUCCCGCUAUACACCACAGCCAUAACUAUAGUACAACUCUAUGAACCCUUAAGAUAAAAACCGAAGAGAUAAACAACUGACAACAAACAACAGAUAAGGACCGCAGGCAUAAAAUGGUUAGUCCCCCUUAUGUCAUCACUGCCAUGG